AUGACCGACGUUUGGAAAUCGAAUGCCAGGAAAUUCUGUGAACUAUGCAAGGUAUGGUUUGCUGAUAAUCGAGUGAGUAUCGAGCACCACGAAAAUGGGCAGAAGCAUAAAGCUGCAGUACAGGCCAAAAUACGUGAAUUGGGCAAACAAAACAAACAGAAGGAAAAAGCGCAGAGUGAUUUGCAAGCAACUCUGUCGAUGAUGGAAGCCGCGGCAUGCAAAAGUAUGGCAGAAAGCACAUCCACGACACCAUGUGCAAUGAUCGGUCCAUCACCGAAAUCGAAGACUUACAUGGAUCCACGCGCACAUAGUGCAUCUGUUGCUGCGAUGGCUCACCAAAUGGCGCUGCGAAGGAAACAAAAAAUGGAACAAAGAAAGACGGAGCCCAGUGCUGAAGAAACAAAAAGCGAAACAGAUUCGGAAACAGUAUGGGUUGAAGCGAAAACAGAGACUGGAGUGCCAUACUAUUUCCAUAUGUACAGCGGA